AUGUCACAGAACAUUCCGCUGUUUUCCAUGUUGUCUUGCUUCUUGUUGCUGUGGUGUUUUACCGCAGCUCAGAACUUUGGACGAGCUCAACUUGUUUAUGAAUGGAAGUGGAUUGAUUUCGAUUGGCCGUCAGCAGAGGACGAGAGAAAUGCUAGAAGUAAUGGAAGUUUCGUACCCGAGAGAAACUUAUUUUCUGGUAUCAAGGAAUAUAAAGGAACCAUUUACAUAUCGAUUCCCCGCCGAAAGUGGACAGCUGGACAACCAGUAUCCUUGGCCCGCGUAGUUACCAUCGACGGACUGGCAAAACUCAGACCCUACCCCAACUGGACGGCCCAGCAGCAAGGAGACUGUGCAGCUCUUCAGUUUGUUCAGAGUAUGGAGAUAGACCCGAACACUGGCUUCAUGUACGUCAUAGACACAGGUCGUGUGGGACUAUCUCUGAAUCUAUGUCCGGCUAAACUUGUGGUCUAUGACUUAAAAAUAGACACACAGAUCGAUUUAUAUGAAUUUCCUACGCAUGUUGUGAGUAAUACGAGUAACUUUCUUAACGAUAUCGUACUCGAUUACGUAAACGGACAAGUCAGGUAUGCCUACAUCACAGAUACUAAUGACGCCAGCAUUGUUGUUUAUGAUUUCCAUUCACGCUCCUCAUGGAAACUUAAGGACCCAACAAUGGGAAUGGAAAGUAACGGUACGGUGAUUACCAUCAGUGGAAUCCAGUAUAAUUUUCCGAUUGCUCUAAACGGCAUAGCAAUGUCUCCGGACUUUAAAUACGUGUAUUACUGCUCUCUUGGCGGUUACAAUUUAUAUCAAAUUCCAACUGAGACUCUUCGAAACCCGGGCACAUCCAACAGCAAUGGAAUUCGACUGUUGGGAAAGAAAGUUUCACAAACUGACGGAAUGAUACAUGGCAGCAAAUUCCUCUACUAUGGGGCUGUUGGGCUUAAUGCUGUUUACUUCUGGAAUGCCACCAAAGAUAUGGCUGAAAUGAAUGUGGGUAUAGGAGUAGUGACUUUGAACACACAGACGGAACUCAUAAGAAAUGAUAGCAAACUGCAAUGGCCAAGCACGUUUGCUUUCGAUGACCAAGGUUGGCUGUGGAUUGCAUGCAAUCGUCUUCAGGUAUUCUGGAAUGCCGACAACCCUCCAGAUGACGGUGAAGCUUACAUGAGGAUAUGGAAGGUGUAUGUCAACGAAACGGGUUAUUUGUAUCAGGCUCACAAGAUUGAGCAGGGUAAAAGUGAUGGAAGUACACUAACCUCUUCAACAACCGAUGUCGACUGCUUUGUCUUUUUGUCUGUAAUGUUUCUCUGUUGCCUUAAAGGAUAUUACUAA